AUGUCAAAUAAUCAACAAUAUGAUACCAAAUGCUUAGAUCACCCAUAUCAAGAUAUUAUUUCAAUAUGCUCAAAUUGUCCAAACAACACUCCUGUCUGUAUUGAUUGUAUUACUGAUAUUCAUUAUGGUCAUAAUUUUAAAAAAUUAAAUGAUAUAAAUUUUAGAAAUCAAAUACAACAAGAAUUUAAUAAUCAAACAAUACCAAAACUAAACAACUAUUUAGAAAAUAAUAAAAAAAUAUUGGAUAAAUCAAACAAUCACUUUAAACAAAUUCAAGAUAACCAUACAAUGAAUUAUGAUAAAAUUUUUAAAAUAUUUAAGGAAUUAAAAAAUAUUAUUGAUGCAAAAGAAAACGAUAUCACAAGGUUAUUAUUAACUAAACUAAAUGAAAAUACAGAUGUAAAUGAAAUAAUAACAACAACAAUAGAAAGAAAUAAUAAUAUAAUUAAUAAUGCUAUUAAAUUUAAUAAUGAUGUUAAUUAUAAUAAUAAUAAUAAUAAUAAUGGAUUUAUUGAACUUUUAAAACAUAAUCAUCAAUGUAACAAUCUUUUAUCAAAUAUAAAAAAUAAUAACUUACCAGACUAUAAAGAUACUCAAUUAAUAAUUAAAGAAAAUAGUCUCAAAUCAAUCAAAAAUCUAACAAACAGUUAUUUAGAAUUACUUAAUGAAAUUUCUUUAGUUAAAAAAAAUUUAAAAACACUAAAAUUGUAUCAAAAAGAAUUUAAAAUUUAUGAAGAAGGGUGUGAUAUUAGUCAUUUAAAUAUUGAACUCCUUGCAAUUGGACCUAUCGAAUGUUUACCCAAAACUAUUCCAGCAACAGUUACAGGUUUAUAUUUACUAGAUGGCUUCAAUCAAUCACUUAAUUUUAUACCACCCACCGUAGAAUGUUUGCAUUUAGAAAACAUCAAAUAUCAAUUAACACCUGGUUCAAUUCCAGCAACAGUUACAGAUUUACAUUUACAAGAUGGCUUUAAUCAAUCACUUAAUUUUAUACCACCCACCGUAGAAUGCCUGUAUUUAUAUAACAUCAAGUAUCAAUUAACACCUAAUUCAGUUCCAACAACAGUUACACAUUUAAAUUUACAAGAUGACUUUGAUCAACCACUUAAUCUUAUACCACCUGCCUUAAAAUACUUGGCUUUACAAAACAUCAAGUAUCAAUUAACACCUGAUUUAAUUCCAGCAACUGUUACAGAUUUAUGUUUACAAGAUGGCUUUAAUCAAUCACUUAAUUUUAUACCACCCACCGUACAAACGUUGUAUUUACAAAACAUCAAGUAUCAAUUAACACCUGAUUCUAUUCCAGCAACUGUUACAGAUUUAAUAUUACAAGAUGGCUUUAAUCAACCACUUAAUUUUAUACCACCCACCGUACAAACGUUGUAUUUACAAAACAUCAAGUGUCAAUUAACACCUGAUUCAAUUCCAGCAACUGUUACAGAUUUAUAUUUACAAGAUGCCUUUAAUCAACCACUUAAUUUUAUACCACCCACCGUACAACACUUGUAUUUACAAAACAUCAAGUAUCAAUUAACACCUGAUUCAAUUCCAGCAACUGUUACAGAUUUAAUAUUACAAGAUGGCUUUAACCAAUCACUUGAUUUUAUAUCACCCACCGUACAAUGCUUGUAUUUACAUAACAUUAAUUAUCAAUUAACACCUGAUUCAAUUCCAGCAACAGUUACAGAUUUAAAUUUACUUGAUGGCUUUAAUCAACCACUUAAUUUUAUACCACCCACCAUAGAAUGCUUGUAUUUAUAUAACAUCAAGUAUCAAUUAACACCUGAUUCAAUUCCAGCAACAGUUAUACAUUUAUAUUUACAAGUUGGCUUUAAUCAAUCACUUAAUUUUAUACCACCCACCGUACAAUGGUUGUAUUUAUAUAACAUCAAGUAUCAAUUAACACCUAAUUCAAUUCCAACAACAGUUACACAUUUAAAUUUACAAGAUGACUUUGAUCAACCACUUAAUUUUAUACCACCCACCGUACAAUACUUGUAUUUACAUAACAUUAAUUAUCAAUUAACACCUGAUUCAAUUCCAACAACAGUUACACAUUUAUAUUUACAAGAUGGCUUUAAUCAAUCACUUAAUUUUAUACCACCCACCGUAAAAUACUUGUAUUUAUAUAACAUCAAGUAUCAAUUAACAUCUUGUUCAAUUCCAGCAACCAUUACAUAUUUAUUAUUACAAGAUGGUUUCAAUCAACCACUUAAUUUUAUACCACCCACCGUACAAUACUUGUAUUUAUAUAACAUCAAGUAUCAAUUAGUACCUGGUUCAAUUCCAGCAACAGUUAUACAUUUACAUUUACUUGAUGGCUUUAAUCAACCACUUACUUUUAUACCCCGCACCGUUAAAUACUUGUUUUUACAAAACAUCAAGUAUCAAUUAAUACCUGAUAAAAUUCCAAAUAAAAAGAGAAAAGUAUCUUUUUUAAAUUAA